CUUUUUGGCUUUCAUAAUUCGUAUGCUAUAGGUCUGACUUUCUGAAUUCGGCCGUUUCACAAUUGUCAGCAAGGUUCACACGACUCCCGCGUGUUGAAAUUACUGUUGUGUUCUAAAAAUUUGUGUGACAAGCGCUAGCCAUUCUGCGGAGUGUGCCGGCAUCCUAAAUGAUACAAGUUUAAAAAAUGUUUGGACAAAAUAGACCCACUUUUGGAGCACCAACAUCAAAUACGUUUGGUGCUUUUGGUACAAACACAUCAACAGGGUUUGGGCAGUCAUCUUUUGGAGCAAAGCCAACUGCAACUGCUGCACCAACGUUCCAACCAACUGGGUUUGGGUCCAAUACAUCUAUGUUUGGAAGUACAGCUACCGCAACAAGCCAACCCUCUAGUGGUUUGUUUGGUACUCCAUCAGCAACUUUUGGAGCUGCACAGCCUACAACAGGAUUUGGCACACCUGCCCCUAACACUGGCUUUGGAGGGUUUGGUGGUGGUGCAUCUGGUGGAAGCUUGUUUGGAACUCCUGCUCCUUCAACAGGGAUGUUUGGAUCCAAUGUCCAACCAGCUGCUCCUGCAAGUGGAACAACUGGGAUGUUUGGAGCAGCAACAAACACAGGGUUUGGAACACAGGCAAAGCCUGCAUUUGGGUUUGGUGCCACUAGUACUUCCAGCAGCUUGUUUGGUCAGCCUCAAACCCAACCAACCCAAACGACCUCGCUUUUUGGACAGCAAACAGCACAAGCCGCUCCAUCCACUGGUACUGGAUUGUUUGGGUCGUCAUCUUUUGGCAGCACUAUGGGAGCGUUCGGCUCCUCCUCGGGGACCACUGGCACAACGGUUAAAUUUAAUCCACCAGCAGGGACAGAUUCGAUGAUGAAGAACAAUACUCAAACUACUAUUAGUACCCAUCACCAGUGCAUAACCUGCAUGAAAGAAUACGAAAAUAAGUCUUUAGAAGAGCUCCGAUUUGAAGAUUACUCGGUCGGAAGAAAAGGACCAACUCCGGGAGCCGGUCCACAACCUGGAGGACUAUUUGGAGCGACCACUGCUACCACUCAGGCCACCCCCUUAUUUGGAACUCAACAAACGCCCCUUUUUGGAACACCAACAUCUACUAUGGGACAGCCGAGCUUGUUUGGACAACCUCAACAGCAACAAGCACAGCAACCCGCUUUUGGAACAAAACCAAUUGGUUUUGGCCAACCCACUACUUCGACUACGUCAACGUUUGGCUUCGGGCAAACAGCACCGCAACAACAACAGACAAGCAUCUUUGGUCAGCCACAGCAAGCCAAGCAGUUUGGCGCAUCAAUUUUCGGUACAACAACUACGAGCCAACCUGCUCCAGCAUUCGGAACACAAGCACCGGCGACUGGGUUUGGAUUUGGCACUCCCCAACAAACUCAAAGCCUUUUCAAUGCUCCUAAACCAGCUAUGGGGGUCCAGACUUCGACAACAGGAUUCGGUUUCCCACAGACGACUACCACUCAGUCUGCUGGAACAAAUAUCUUUGGCGCCAAACCAGGCUUUGGAGCUACAUCUACCCCUGGGUUUGGAGCAACCCCUGCCCAAACUACCACACCAGCCUUUGGCGGAUUUGGUACUACCGGAACUGGUUUAUUCACUCCUGGGCAAUCUGUUUUUGGGGUGAAGCCAGCUGGGACAACUUUCGGUACUGCAACAUCUACGGCGCCGACCCUUGGGUUCGGCCAGACUCCUUCAAUGUUCGGAGGAACAUCAGCUGCUAGCGCGAAGCCUGGUCUGUUUGGUACUUCAACAUCUUCUGGCAGUUCUGGUUUUGGAACAACACCUAGCUUUGGAACAACUGUGGGAGGUAUGGGUACUACUGCGCCUGGCUCUCUCUUCGGUGGGACCGGUGCCGGCGCUCCUACUUCGCUGUCUUUCGGAACAACGCAACCAGCUGCAGGGGCCAAUACUUCUCAGCUUCCUAUACAUCAAUACAUCUUGACGCUUAGUGAGAUUUCUCAAUCGAGUGAUCAUCCUCUUUUCAGGAAGAUGUUGGAACCAUCAGGCAAAGCAGAAGAGUUGAUCAAAUCGAGCACACGUACCAGCCUAUCGAACGGUGCAGCACCAACUCCACCCCAGUAUCGAAUCUCCCCAAUGCCCUCGAGUAAAAUUCGCACUAAAGCUUUACUUAACGGAUCAUCGACUAGUGGUGGAAGACGGUCGAUAUUUGAAGGAUUGAGUGACGAAGAAGAAGGUGAAGAAACCGGAACUGCUUCAGAAACUAAAACGGAUUUCUUCGUACCGCGUCGAAGUGUCAAGAAAUUGCAGUUGAAAGCGAUCACGCUCGAUACUACCGUCGAAGCUGAGGAUAAGGCGGAUGAGACUGAACCCAUUAAAACAGCGCCUGCAAUCUCUCCGGAGGAUAGAACGCCCGUUGUCGAUUCACGACCUAACCCGAGAAUCCGAGAAGAACUUGACGAUAGCCUGACGGUAUUGAAGAUACGCCGUCCGACCGUUGCAUUCCUUAACCAAUCCGUGGCGUUAGAUCGCAGCAGUAUGCUCGACGAAACUGGAAUUGGGGAAGGUGAAGUCACUGUUGCGGAGGAGAUAAGCGAAACGGUAGAAGAGGAACCAGUUCCCACUCAUCCCGCUGGAAUAGUUCUACGUCGUUGCGGGUAUUCAACCAUUCCGACAAUGGAGGAAUUGGCAAUCAAAGGCUUAGAUGGAAAUGGGAAGUGCAUCGUUACUUCAUUUUCAAUUAUCCGACAAGGCUACGGUCAAAUAUUUUUCGAAGGCCCAUUGGAUGUUGCUAAUUUAAAUCUGGACGAAAUCGUAAUUUUCCGCCACAAGGAAGUGACAGUAUACCCAGACGAUUCCAAGAAGCCGCCUGAAGGAGAAGGACUAAAUCGCCGGGCUGAAAUCACUCUAGACCGGGUCUGGCCAGUAGAUAAAUCCACUGGAGAGUACAUCACCAAUCCCGAUAGACUGUCUUUGAUGCGUUAUGAAGAACGAUUGGCUCGAGCAGCUCAUCGUCUGCAAGCCAAAUUUAUCGAGUAUCGACCCGAAACGGGUUCUUGGGUGUUCCGAGUGAACCAUUUCUCAAAAUACGGCUUAGAGGAUUCAGAUGAAGAAAAUGAACUGCCCGUUGUCCCGCCCAAAGCUGCUACCCUUCCAACCUUACAAGGCCAGGCGGCUCAGGUUACCACCACCGGUGCUGGAUUGGGAGGCCUGUCGACCACCAUUGCUCAAGCGACUUCAAUGUCGAUGACAUUCGAGGAAGACAUGGGUGUUGAAGACGAUAUGGUGAUCACGCAGUUCGGCCAUGAGUUUGAAGACUCUGCUCGCGUCCAGUCACCUCCUCCGGUCAGCACACAAUUAGCAAGGACAUUAGGAAUGCCUUCUCAGAGAGUUCAGAUCAUGAAAGCUUCUUUCUUCGAUGCUGAUAACGACUUUAUACAAGAUGUGUCAAUGGGUGUUGGCAGUUUUCUAGAGCAAUCAGUACGGAUGUCUCAGUCGAUUGCACCACGAAAAGAUAUGAGUCGCAUGUUUAAAGACUCGCCCGUGCGUAGCCCGGGAAGUCUUUUCAAGUCUAGCGCCAUAGCUACGAUUCAGCAACCGGAUGAUGUUAACAAAUCGCAUGUGCCGAUGGAACAAACCCUUAAUGCCACCGCCAAAAUGCAAGAUUUUACUGGGAUAGAAAACUUGUCAACUUACGUCCGAUUAGAACAUGUCAGAAAUCCGGAUCAAUGCCGGAAGGUAGUACCCCGCUUUGCUACAGCUGAUAUUACUCUGUCACGAUCUGUAAUGCAAGGCAAGUUUGGCAUUGUUAUGGACGCUGCCUUGUUCCAGAACCGACAGUUUCGGGUGGGUUGGGGUCCAGACUUGCAUCACCUGGAACUCAAAGCAACCAAGCGUCUUUCUCUGUUAACCGUGAAAACGUCCGGCCUAAGGCAUAUUAUCAAUCCUGAAGAUGAUGUCUUCACAGUCGAAAGCAAAAACCCUUACGUUGUCCUUCUAGCGACCUAUUUGAAUCAUACGAAGCAAACCGUGGUUGAUGGCGUCCCGAUACUUUAUCCUCUACCUGGUUCUCAGGCCGUCGGUUUCCUAAAAGCAGCCACUGAGAGUCUAACCUCGAAAUUGAAGACGAGUGGCAGUCCCGAAACACUGCAAUUAUUGAAUUAUAUGGGCAAAGUCUGGAAUCUUUGCAUCGCUCUUUGGGGGCCUCUAGACGUGGAAAGUGGUUCACACGCGGAGACCAUGGCCAGGAAAGACACGUUAACUCAUUGGCUCGAAGAAGCCGCCACGGAAACCAACAUCACAGGUCUCAAUGAAGAAGAAGAGGUUUUGACUUUACUCGCCCGGCAUGAUGUUGCUAGUGCUGCUCGCCUUGCCCACAAAAACGGCGAGUACUACCUGGCGCUGCUAAUUUCUCAAGCAGGAUCGUCUUUGGCUUUCAAGGGGAUGCUGCAACGCCAACUUCACCUCUGGACGGAAAACCGUGCAGAUGCCUUUAUUACUGAAGACCGGCUUCGGGUCUUUGCCUUAUUGGCGGGAAUCACAGUGUGGGAAACCACUUGCGGCAAGAUCAACACUUGUGAAGGAAUGGAUUGGAUCAAAGCUCUGGCCCAUCAUUUGUGGUACGUUAUUUCUCCAGUGGGGAGCAUCACCGACGCACUGCUAGAGUACGAGGCUGCCUGCGGGAUAUCGAAAGAUGAGAGUGGCGGAGAAAUUUACGCUAGUGGACCAUCGCCUUCCUAUUCACAGUCCCCUACCCAGUUCAGAGAUCUGUGCUUCCAAUUAAUUUCACUCUACUGUCAUCGUACCACCCCGCUUGAGAAAUUGAUGAAUCCCUUGAGUCACACAUGGAACGUAUGUGAAAACGUACUGUCUUGGUUGCUGUGGCAGCAAUUGCAAGCUUUGGGUUACUCGCAUCUUUCAGAAACGGCAGCAGCACAAAUGACAACUGCCUUUGCUUCCCAGUUAGAGAACUGUGGCUUGUGGCAUUGGGCCGUCUUUGUAGCGAUGCACCUCAAGGCGACGCCCUCAUUCAUUCAAUCGUUUGUGGAAGACAUUCUCGGACGCCAUAUCGGCCAAGAAAAGGAUGAAAAAUGCGAGCGUUUCCUCGUGGAAAAGCUUGGCAUCCCGCAGCAGUGGAUCGAAAAAUCUCGGGCGGUUAAAGCGCUUUAUUCAUUUUCCCCAAGACUUCAAGCCACGUCUCUCCUUGCUGCUGGACUUUACAAUCAAGCCCAUGAUGUCAUCUGUGAUGAACUUGCACCUGAAGCCAUUUUGUCGGAAUCCUACCAGGAACUGGAGGAACUCUUGGCUCCCUUAGCUGAUCCUGAACGUUCCAGCAUGAUUGCCGAUUGGUACCUCAAAGGCAAAGUCUAUUGGAAUUACAUCACCGUGGUCAAAGCAGUAGAUCGAAUUUUAAAGCAGGAUAACUCCAAUGAAAAGGGGAUGCAACUAGAAAAAUUAACACCGGACUUGACAUCGCUGUGUAGCUUGGUAUCCUCUCUACCCGUACCAACCGCCAAACAUAGGCUAGUUCGCACGGAAAUCGCACAGAAAGCGGCCUACAUUUUGAAAAACGUCAUCGGGCUACAGUCCGUCAACGCGUCCGAAGAAAUUGUGGUUCCCCCUCGUUUUGUCCUACCACAGCUCCGUCAGCUUCCUGUGACGCAGGAUUAUUCGCUGUCUGAGCUCAACAAUGUUGUUCGGGCAUAUUUUCUAGAACUCAAGGUUUAAACGGUGCCAAGUUCAAAGGAUCCCGUAUAUAUUUUUUUCUUCUUUUUUUUAUAAACUCAAAAUUGUCUUGGGAAUGAAGCUUGACAUUGCCUCCUUCCCAAUCUAAGAUUUAUGAUUUUACAUUUUUACCACUGUGUGGAUGAAUGUGCAGCGACACAAAAUUUCAUUUGUUGAUAAAACCCCGCCUGUCUGAUGGUUGAAAAUAAACGAUUGUCCCUUCCAUCCUCCAGUUCAAAACACAAUGUUUUUCUUGGCCGUUAAAUUUUCAAGGUAAAUGUUUAAUAAUUACCUAAUUGCCUUAUUGUGUCGUCGCCAUUGCACCGUGACUGUAUCGAAUAAGGAAUAAAAUUCGCAAAUAAAAGAUGUUGAUAUCAAA